CGCGGAAAUUUUUUGAAUCAGAACCCCCGGCAGUUCUCGUCAUUCAGGCUUAUUUAUCUGUGUGCAUUUCCGAUUGGCCGCUCCGUGUCCGGCGAGAAUUCACCGGAGCUUCAUAAGCUUCCCAAAACUCAAUCAAUCGAAAGCGCUAAUUUCCUGGAACCUGAAAUUCCGAAGAAGAAAGCAAAUCGGCGAUAUGGAUUUCUCUGGAGGAAACUGGAGCAUGAUCCCCAACAUCCCUAAUCUCAGCAACUCCUCUAAUCUUUCCAAUCAAGAAUCCCUUUACCUUCAACAGCAACAAUUUUCCCUUCAACAACAACAACAACAACAACAACAGCAGCAGCAGCAAUCCUUUCACCACCAGCAACAGCAAUUCCAGCCCCAAAUUCAAUCCCAGCAGCAAUUUCAGCAGCAACAGCUUUCUCCCCAAUUUCAACAGCAACAACCCUCGCCUCAAACCCAGCCCCAGCAACAACCCUCGCCCCAAUUCCAGCAACAAUUGCAGCCCCAACAUUUUCCCCAGCAGCAGCAGCAGCAGCAACAACAACAACAGCAAUAUCAUUUUCAGCAGCAGCAGCAGCAGCAGCAGCAACAGCAACAACAGCAACAGCAACAACAGCAAUAUCAUCAACACCAAUCUCUGGCUUCCCAUUUUCAUCUAUUUCAUCUAGUGGAGAAAUUAGCGGAUACUAUUGAGAAUGGAGCUAGAGAUCAGCAAUCGGAUGCAUUGGUUAAUGAUCUUAACAACCACUUUGAGAAGUGCCAGCAACUGUUAAACUCGAUAUCUGGAUCACUCAGCUCAAAGGCUAUGACAGUCGAGGGACAGAAGAAGAAGCUGGAAGAACAUGAGCAGUUGUUAAAUCAUCGAAGGGAAUUGAUUGGCAAGUAUAAGAACUCUGUUGAAGAACUUGUCAAGGGCGAGUCUUAGCUACUUCUCACUCAUUCGUUAUUAGACGUAGCUAGCAUCAUUUACCUGUUUUGGAAGGAACGCCAAAAGAGCUUUCCACCGAGUCUUGCAAUUCCAUGAAGGGCCUUUUUCAUCUGCCUCCUGCAUUUCUUAACAUGAUGAUCAUUCACGAUUGAAUCUUCUCUGCUCUUUGCAACGCUAUGGAGCACCAAACUUUCAGGACAUUCAGAGUUGAUAUCACCAUCUCUCCUAAAUCAAUCUGUAAGUAACAUCAUGUCCUUCCCCUUUUCAACUUCUUUGAUUUUCAUAUCAGUUAAGUAAGUUGUUGAACAUUCUAUUCAAUUUCAAUAAUACAAUCAUUUGAGUUUGAAUCUGAA